CUUCUCCUUUCUCCACCUCCACCGACUCUCCCCAAAAUCCCCUUCCCCCUUUCGCCCUCACCUUUCUUCCUAUUUACGAUUUUAUCCCCCAUGAGAUCUUAGCAUCAAAAGCCAUUGUGAAGUUGUUGAUAGUGAAAUCUGUUUGAAAUGCUGGAGCGGUGCUUCGGAGUGCGGCGGGUCCGCCAGAUCCAGAGGGCGGCGCGCCACGGAACGGUGACGUUUCUGUGCCUCUUCAUGACCGUCGUGGUCCUCCGCGGCACAAUCGGCGCCGGGAAGUUCGGGACCCCCGAGCAGGACUUCAACGACAUCCGGGAGCGGUUCUACUCGCACAACCGGCGCGUGGAGCCCCACCGCGUCCUGGAGGAGGUCGAGACCACGACGUCAGCCGACGCGAACAACUACGCGACGUUCGACUUCUCCAAAAUCCUGAAAGACGAGGAAGGCGGCGACGAAUGGAAGAAGGAUCCGAACGCGCCGUACUCGCUGGGUCCGAAAAUCUCGGACUGGGACGCCCAACGGGGGGAGUGGCUGAAACAGAACCCGAAUUUCCCUAACUUUCUCGGGCCCACCAAGCCCAGAGUUCUGUUAGUGACCGGGUCGUCGCCGAAGCCGUGCGAGAAUCCGGUCGGCGAUCACUACCUGCUGAAAUCGAUCAAGAACAAAAUCGACUACUGCCGGCUCCACGGGAUCGAGAUCUUCUACAACAUGGCUCUUCUCGACGCCGAAAUGGCCGGGUUUUGGGCCAAGCUGCCGCUGAUCCGGAAGCUCCUACUUUCCCACCCGGAAGUCGAGUUCCUCUGGUGGAUGGACAGUGACGCAAUGUUCACCGACAUGGCGUUUGAGGUGCCCUGGGAAAGGUACAAGAACCACAACUUUGUUAUGCACGGAUGGAACGAAAUGGUGUAUGAUGAUCAUAACUGGAUCGGGUUGAAUACCGGUAGCUUUUUACUAAGGAAUUGUCAAUGGUCGCUGGAUUUGUUAGAUGCCUGGGCUCCGAUGGGGCCUAAGGGGAAGAUAAGGGACGAAGCGGGUAAGGUGCUGACGAAGUUUCUCAAGGGCCGGCCGGUUUUCGAAGCCGACGAUCAGUCUGCCAUGGUGUAUAUACUCGCCACGGGGAGAGAAACAUGGGGGGAGAAAGUGUACUUGGAGAAUCAUUACUACUUGCACGGUUACUGGGGCAUUUUGGUGGACCGGUAUGAGGAGAUGAUCGAGAAUUACCAUCCUGGUUUGGGUGACCACCGGUGGCCGCUGGUGACGCAUUUCGUGGGGUGCAAGCCGUGCGGGAAGUUCGGGGAUUAUCCGGUGGAGAGGUGCUUGAAGCAGAUGGACAGGGCGUAUAAUUUUGGUGACAACCAAGUGUUGCAGAUGUAUGGGUUUACGCAUAAGUCGUUGGCGAGUAGGAGAGUGAAGAGGGUUAGGAAUGAGAGUAGUACUCCGCUUCAAGUGAAAGAUGAGCUUGGGUUGCUUCACCCUGCUUUCAAGGCUAUUAAGCUUCCAUCAUCAUGAUGAUCUUCUUCUUCUUUGAUGUUCUGUGCAACUUUUUUGGUGUUUUGAUUUGUUACUUCAGGUAAUAACUACAGGUUAAUUUGUAAUAUUUUUUUAUUUAUAAUCCAAAUGAUGUUUUUGGUUUAUGGGAGUGUGAUGGAGGUUACUAUGAACUUUGGACUAAAGAUAGCAAAUCAGAAUUCUUCAGUCCAAAAAACUUUGGACUAAAGAUUGAAUUG